AUGCAUUGGGCCGAGAACCGGCUGGCUGACUUCAAUCUUUGGGAUGCUGGAAUUGGGGCAAGCGCUGGUGAUCCGAACUCACUUGAUCUCCGUCUCCACCAUGAUGUUUCAGCCCAAAAGGUAGUUACAGGCACUCUUAGUACACUGAUAGCAUGGUUGCAAAAGUGUAUAGAAUUGGCUUCGAUCUCACCAACGGACCGCAGACGGUCGGCCGAGGCAUCCAGACCAGAUGGCCUAUUGCUGCAAGCGACCUCGAGCGACAGACACGAAAGUGAAAACGGCGAACCAUCUAUCAGCCUUCAAGAAGCUAAGACCAGCGUUGAAGAAGUUCUCGACGUCUUGAUAGACCUUGGCAUUGCAAUCAGACAAGCUGGUGUGUCCUCGCGCUUUAUGAAAGCUGAUCGAGCACUGGAGCGACAGAAGGACGAUGGCAUUUAUUCCGAGCUCGUCAACCACUUGAGAUUCUUGCUUAGCUUAGGAAAGAUCCCACGUACAGCAACAAGCAAAGGUGAAGGCUCGCAUAUCACAGUUUCUCAAGACCAAUUGGCCGCAUUUGAGCAUUGUAUAGUCGACGAAUUGCCAGAUGAGCAGCAGGUCCUCUUGAACGCAAACAUUAAGCGGCAUCAUAGAUUCAUGCAUGCUAGGAAACGAGGAGCAAAACUAGGCCUACAAGGUGUUCGAUUAGACGCAUCAUCUGACUUGGAUAACCCGACCAAGUUGAUCCAGUCUAAACAGAUACAGGCCUCCAACAUCCAGCACCCUAUGUCUAAAACAUAUCCAACAACAGAAGGGGAAACUAGAGCCGCCCAAUCUGAGAAAUCUACCGCUGAUACCAAUCCACUAUCAGAAUUUCCGCCAGAACAAAUUCUCGACACUGCUGCUGUAAGGGCCCGCAUGGGCGUCCAGCCAACCGCCAUUGCUAGUCGGUCGGACUAUCCAACAGCCCCGAAUAUGAAACAUGACACCAAAGCCGUAUCCUGCCCAUAUUGUCUCUUGACUCUCUCGACGUGCGACAUCUCGGAGGGGCUAUGGAGAAAGCAUCUUUCAGAUGAUAUUCAACCAUAUACUUGUUAUCUAAGCAAAUGCCCACAAGACAAUCCCAUGUUUGGUGAAUUGCAAGCAUGGAAAGAUCACGUUUUCAAUGACCAUCAAGAGAUCGAUCUAUAUGAUCACAUACAACACUCACAUGCUGAGGUCAUCGACGAAGAUUACAUGUACGAUCUUGCCGCGGUAUCUCAAGUAUACAGCUCGCCAGCAUUGGACAUAUGCCCCAUUUGUUCACUACGCGAAACCGAUUGGAAGACCGAGAAACGGCAGGUCAACAAAGCAGACUACACAACGAAACGAAGCAAAAUGCAUGUUUUGCACAUGGUUAACGAUACCUUUCUAGACCACAUUGGUCAAUGCAUGCAUACGUUUGCCUUGCGGUCUUUACCUGCGCUUUCGAACGAUUCUGGAAACACCGACAUUGCUUCUACUCAAUCAUGCAGUUAUAUGACAGACAAAAGCUCUCUCUCGCUUCCGUCCCAAUCUUCUGAAUCUUCCACGCACACACGAGUUGAAGGCAGAACAAGUCUUACCGAGGCUAACUUACGAUCAACUUUUCGAACUCACAUCGUUGACAAUAUCACGGACUGGGCCAAAGGGGUUGUCAUCCCCACUGGAGCUCGCACCCCUAAGGUCCAGCCGACGAUCACGGCGCCCAGCACUGACAACGUAUUUUUCGACUUCCUCGAGCACGUAGAGAAGUGCAAGUUGUUCGCUAUAGCUGAAUCUCCACCAACAGGCACCAAACCCAUCGUAUCAAUACGCGCGCUUCAAACCUACCUUAACACGGACAGAGUGCGAAAGCUCUUGCUAUACAUCAAUAUUUCGUCCAACUAUGAGCGCACAGUCCGAGACAGAUACCUAGUUGUGUUUUCUGUCCUUCUUUCGAUACAUCGGGGUCCCUACAUAACGAGAUUCGUUCAACACGAUGAGCUGGCAGAUGCAAGACUGCCUUUUCGUAGCCGCGGCGAAUGGCCGGAAGUUUGCAAAGUCAUAUUCGAUGAAUUUUACGAGGCGCAGUGGAAGUUCUGCGCGAAACGGCUGGUGUAUGACCGAUUGAAUGACACGAGGCUACACGCGGACGAGAUCGUACCUUUCAGAAGAAAGGAUGUGCUGAAAGCGGGACCGGACUCGACUAUCUUCAAGGCCGAGUUGUUUGAGGAGUUUAACUACCUUUUUCCAGACGAACCACAUCCUCCUACCAACGUCUUCAUCCUGAAAUCGUGUCCACCCGACAAUACAAAGUUACACAACAACGAGGUAGAGGCUUACAGAACACUACUGAGCCACUCAAGUGGCCAAGAUGCGAUGCAAAACAUAGCGCGCUUCUACGGUUCGUGGAUACAGGGUGACAACUGUUACAUAUUGCGCGAAUAUGUUAGCGGCGGUACCCUCACGGAAUUUGCUGAACGUACUGAGCCACCGACGUCAGUGAACGAGAUAUUGAAGUUCUGGACAAACUUCAUACAGCUCAUAAAACCAAUAUCAUGCAUACAUCGUCUUCCCGAUCCGCACAACCAGCGUUCGUUCAGAGUAGGGCUUCACAAUGACAUCAAACCGGAUAAUAUUCUUGUGUCAGAGAUGAGCAGUAACAACCCGUUCGAUGUAUCUUACAAACUCAAGGAUCUUGGUCUUGCUGGUUUUGUCCUAGCGGAUGAAUCUAAUGAGACGCAAAUUCGCGAUGUACACGGCACGAAGAUGUAUAGUGCGCCUGAAUACUUUCGUGGUGAGAGGGACGUGUUCAGACAAAAAAGCAUCGAGCAAGUACACCCAAGCAAAGACAUUUGGGCCUUGGCUUGCGUGAUCAGUGAAGCCGCAGUAUGGUCCGUAUUCGGCUAUAGCGGGUUGAUCGAGUACAACGAACGGCGAAUAAAAGCAACCGCCAAUAUCCCAUCCCUUGCGGAAACAGGUUACAGUGGCUGCUUCCAUGAUACUACGAAAGUUCUUGAUGUUGUAGUGGCCAUGCACAAGGAGGUCUGCAAUUCGCGCCGGACCAACAUUGACAACAUCGUUAGCCACGUCGUUCAUAUCGUUGAUGGGAUGAUGGUCCAAGACCCUUCAAGGAGACCCGAUGCACUAAGAGUGUACGAAGACCUUACACGAGCUGUAGAGUUAGAGACACUACUCACCGGCCCUGCCUAUCCCCAAUACCCUUUGCCUGUUCAACUGACCCCAGACCGGCCAGUGGGAUUAGGUGUGACUACCGGCACGCCUUCCAUACGACUGUCUUACGAGUCGCCAGGGCAUCCAAUGCACCGUGCUCUAGAUAGACGUGCAGCGAUCAGUACAAACCCUCGCGCUCGUUCACAUUCCGGCGUCUUGAGUACUGAGGAAGAGAUAUCGAGACCAAGUGCUCACUUGGCGGCUUAUGAUGCUGCACAUGGGCCGCAACUGACUCGAAUAUCUGGCAUUAACAGCCCAGUCCCACACUCUAGCGCACCUCUCGGCCGGACAGAUCUUCCUGUAGCUUCUGUUAAUGAAGUUCUUGGUUACAUACGCAGAAAGAAGGCUGACUCGAGAACGCCUCCUCUACCAGGCCAAGAAUGGUUGAAAAGGCUACAUGGGAGAGAUCAGAUCUUUCUGAUCGAUGAUUCCGCAUCGAUGCAGCAACACUGGAGAGAGGUCAAGAAGGUCUUUGAAGCUCUUGCGUAUCUCGUUAAACUUAUGGGCCCGGACGGUAUUGAAUUACGGUUUGUUAAUAGUUGUGAGCAUGACGACCGUCAAAAACACCGUAAUGGACUCAUGAAGAACUUCGAGAAGGUAAAACCUGGUGGUCAGUGUCAUAUGGGUAUAGCACUCAACAAAAUCCUCCCGAAAUACUAUCGAAACCAGAUGGACAAAAGAUCAUUUCGGUCUUCGCGAGUAGAGGAGAAGCCCCCAGUCAAUAUCUACAUCCUCACGGACGGUGUUUGGUCGCAGGGUCAAGAAUGUCUUUCCACGAUUCAGGACCAGAUCACUCACCUAGUCAACCAUCUAUGGGAGACUGGUAGAUUGGAACAUGUUGGUAUCCAAUUCAUCCGAUUUGGAGACAAUGAGAUUGGAAGACAGCGCCUGGAUAUUCUCGACAACGAUCAGAGGCAGUACUACGAAGUGCCUAGAGACAUUGUUGAUACAGAGCCCUCCACUGGCAAUAUCUUCAAGAUGCUCCUCGGGAGUACCGAUGGUAACUGGGACAAACAAGAUACCGGCUGA